AUGUCUGUCGAGCCCCUACCACCUUCCAUCGACGAGCUCUUAGCAGACCGCGCCAAAGCCCGCAGUCGCUACCCGCUCUCCUCCCCCCACCGCUGGCGCACUUCUCGCGUCCCGCUCCCUCUGUUUUCGCGCAUAUUGCGAACCCCACAGCCAGACACACCGUCUGCGUCCUUCUACCGCCUGUACGAGUUCUUCGUGCUCGACUGGAACGUCCAGCUGCGAAACGAGCUCGAGUACUUCUGUUCCAUGCACCCAACCUGGUCAGUCUUCGAUCUUCCCGAUCCUGUCGACACCGACCCCGUGCGAUACGCGGCGCUUGCGGUGCUUACAAGGCUCAUGUGCGACGCGUUCAACCGCCGCAUCGGAUUGGGUCUUCCCCGAGACGCACCUGCGAUCAUACUGGACUUUGAGGAGCUCCAAGCCAGACCAAAGGUGUACGAGCAGCCGCCUGAGUGGGCGCAGCGCGUGCCCGCGUUGCAGGAGCGGGUCUUCAUCCCAGAUGCUCAGGGCAACGCCCCGGUAGAGGGGGACGAAGAUAUCAGCGAGGAGUUUCAGGGGAUGAAUAUCAUCGUCAGGAUGCCCCACAUCCAUUUCAUCUGA